AGUUGCUCAAAAGCUGAUUGUGCUGGCUGCCUUUCCUAUCAGGGCAGCUCACACGCAUCCAAAUCCCAGAUUAAACACCCCCACCUCUCUUUCCAACCAGCAGCACUCCUACAAGUCCCUGCCCCCUCUCUUCCUCCUUGUGUAACUGUACCAAGCGUGGAUUACCAACUCUGAAGCAAAGCAGGGGCUCUGACAGGCUCCGAACAGAAUGGUGAGGUGGUUUCAUCCCAACAUCACUGGGAUCGAGGCAGAACACCUCCUCCUGACACGGGGCGUCCAUGGCAGCUUUCUAGCGAGACCCAGCAAGAGCAACCCUGGAGAUUUCACUCUCUCUGUCAGGAGGAACGAUGAGGUCACCCAUAUUAAAAUCCAGAACUCAGGGGACUAUUACGACCUGUACGGAGGGGAGAAAUUCGCCACACUGGCUGAAUUGGUCCAGUACUACACAGAGCAGCACGACCUCCUGCGGGAACGCAACGGAGAUGUCAUUGAGCUGAAAUACCCCCUCAACUGCAAGGACCCCACAUCUGAGAGGUGGUAUCAUGGGCAUCUCUCGGGGAGAGAUGCUGAAAAACUCCUUACGGAUAAGGGUAAAUCCGGAAGCUUCCUAGUGAGAGAGAGUCAGAGUAAACCGGGAGACUUUGUGCUUUCCGUCCUUACUAAUGAAGAAAAGCAUGAAAAUGUUGACCGCAAGACUAAAGUCACUCAUGUCAUGAUCCGUUAUCAGGAUGGGAAAUACGAUGUAGGAGGAGGGGAGAGGUUUGACACUUUAGCAGAUUUAGUGGAGCAUUAUAAGAAAAAUCCCAUGGUCGAGAAGAGUGGAAUUGUUGUGCACCUUAAACAGCCAUUUAAUGCCACAAGGAUAAACGCAGCAAACAUUGAAAACCGGGUACGGGAAUUAAAUAAAGUAGCCGACAAUUCAGAGAAACCUAAGCAAGGCUUCUGGGAAGAAUUUGAGGUUUUACAGCAGCAAGAAUGUAAACUUCUUUACCCCAGGAAAGAGGGGCAGAGACCAGAAAAUAAAAACAAGAACAGAUAUAAGAACAUACUACCAUUUGACACCACUCGAGUGCAGAUCAAGGAGGCGGAUUCUGAUGCGCCAGGCUCCGAUUACAUCAACGCUAACUAUAUCCGAAGCAUGAAUGAAGAAGGUUGUCAUAUGGAUGAAGGUAAAGUGUUCAUCGCCACUCAGGGUUGCCUUCAGAACACCGUCCUAGAUUUCUGGAAAAUGGUGUAUCAGGAAAACACUCAUGUUAUCGUCAUGACAACCAAGGAGAUGGAGAGAGGACGGAAUAAGUGUGUGCGGUACUGGCCGGACUUAAAUUCAACAAAGGAGUUUGGGAAGGUGUCUGUGAAGAACAUUGAGGAACACACAGCUCAGGACUACAUACGGCGAGAGCUUGAAGUCACACGUCUAGACAGGAGAGAGCCUCCCAGGUGUAUCUGGCACUAUCAGUACCUGAGCUGGCCUGAUCAUGGUGUUCCCAAUGAACCAGGAGGAGUCUUGAGCUUCCUGGAGCAAGUGAACAGAACCCAGAGCGCCAUUCCAGAGAGUGGACCGAUAGUGGUUCACUGCAGUGCAGGGAUUGGAAGAACAGGCACAAUUAUUGUGAUUGACAUCCUUAUCGACAUCAUAAACAGACAAGGUUUGGACUGUGACAUUGACAUCCCAAAGACCAUUCAGAGAGUGCGCCAGCAACGAUCCGGUAUGGUUCAGACCGAGGCCCAGUACAAGUUUAUCUACAUGGCUGUUCAGCAAUACAUUGACACCGCUCAGAAGAGACUGGAAGAGGAGCAGAGGAAUAAAACGAAGGAGAGAGAAUACUCUAACAUCAAGUAUCCACAGAUGACAAAUGCCAGAGCCAAGCCAAACAUGAGCUCGUCUCGCUCUUCAUCUGUAAUGAACGAUGACUCCAGCGUCUAUGAGAAUUUGAAUAUCAAAAAUCCAAAGGGCUCCACCAGCAGUAACACCAGGAGAUAAGCCAUGUGGGCUGCUGUCUCAGGGAUUCUGGGAUUCCAGCAGAGGUGCGCAGAAGCACCCGAUCACAGAACGACACUGGAUAAUGGCAUUGGAGGGGGGACAAGCAGCACCUACGCUGAGGUGACGCCGCUCAGCUGGAGAUUCCACCGAGAUCUCCAACGGCUCCUCCUCAUUUCCUGACUGACUACGUCUGAGAAACUCACACUCCAAAAUCAAGUGCCUGAUUAGCAGCCGAAAUUGUUCCCGCAAAGAGGGUGUGACUUGGUGCUUUCGCUCCCCCCUUCUAAUCUAACAAGCCUACACUGCAUUAAGCUACAUGAUAGUUUGUAUAUGUGUGAAAUAUAUUUGAAAAAUGAAUAUUUACACUCAGUGACAUAACUUUGGAUGAAGCUACGCUCGUUCCAUGCUGUCUACGGCUGUUUCCAGACCUUGCUUUGUCUACUGGAUGUCGUCUACUGUAACCAAAGAACUCUGAUAUAUAUCUCUCAGUUUCUCACAAGCAGCGGUCAUUUGCGCUCUGCUGAGUGAUACUCGCGGCACAGUGAUGUAAGAAGAAAAGUACUCCGCCCGGGACUCAAGAAUCCCCCUUUUCUUUUCAGAGGAUAUGAGAGGUGAUUGGUCAAAGUUCGACCAACGAAUUGGAUACUCUAUGUAAGUAGGUGUUUUAAACGGACUGAUUUGGUACAGUGUGGUUGAAUCUAUACAGUAUGUGCCAAUUAGCAGCCUGUACAUCAUAUUUGUGAAAGCUUCUGCUUUGAUGCUGUUUUUAUUGAGCGUUACCUCCAGGCUAACGAACAGUCGGAGGGAGACAAGUGCUACUGUCAAUCAAAGGCUUAUCAACCAAUCAGGCUGCCUCUUCCUCAGCGGGCUCCUCCCUCUAGGCAUAGACUUUCUUGUUCUGAAAACGUCAGAUGAGCCUUUAUUAGAUUCGUUUUUUGUCGUUUUAUUUGCAACUAUGAUUCCUUUAGAGCAGUUUUAUCUUUUGUUGUGAUAUUUGUGAAUGUGAUCAUGAAAUCUAGGCCUGGCAUUUUUGAAUAUAAUGCAUUUCUCUCUUUUUUUUUUUUUUUUUGACUGUAUUAUUCCACAUUUUCCUCAGAGGAGACACAUUAAGCUCUUUUAUCACAUAUAAACAGGGUAUGUGUGUUUUUCGGUGUUAUAGAUAGCCCGAUAAAGCUCUUUACUUCAUAGUGGGUUGUGAUUGCACUGAGGAGGCCUUUGAAUGAAAUAACGUAAAAUGAAAAACGUGGUAUUACUAAAGAUCUACAAAGGAGGGGGCACAUCAGGAUGUCGGCCGAGCCUUUGACGUGAACGGGAUUUCGGUGGAGACUUCAGCUAAAAAUGAGGCAGGCCAGAUGGCCCUCAGCUAAGAUUAAAGAAUAGAUUUGUGUAGGACGAAAAAAGUAAUUUAAAAGAUGGCUGUAAUCCAGACGCGGCUAUUAUUGGGUGAGGUCAGCGGUGAUGUCAUAAGAUGUUAUAAUUACUGUACCAUUCAAAUGUUUAAGGUCAGUAAGAUUUUCUUUAUUUGGGCACGAGCAUCGAUAGUACGAUGACCUUAUUGGAAUUUUAUUUUAUUU